ACCAAAAGACGAAACGGUGAAUUGAAGAACCUAUUGGACCAACUUCACACCGUACUUGGUCCUGAUAGGUUCAUGGACGAAUACGUCGCCUUCGUGCUCCCUCGCAUCAAAGUAGCGACCGAGAACUCCGCCGAACAUUUGGGACUCGAGGCGAAUUUCGAGAUCCAGUUUCAAGUUCAAGAGAGUUCGCUACCGCAGGUGGAGAACAAAACUUCCGAAGAACGAAGCGUUCAAGGCCCGCUCGCAAAGCCAGUCGUUCAAGAAUAUAUGGCAAACUAUUUGGCUCAAAGAAUAUACAGCGAGUACAACGACACAUUUUUUGAAGCCCGGAGCCUUGCCGUUUCUACGUCCACGCUCUUGUUGGAUUUCACGAACGCCGUGCUAGAGGACGCCAACAAGACCAUCAAAGGCUUCCAUUUCCUUCCUGAAUCAAUCAAGAAAGCCGAUCGCCUGGGCAUUCUCGAGACGUUGCAGUCUUCCAGCGUGCUGUAUGUGGUGGCUAUCAUUGCCAGCUUCUCGCUGCUCCUGUUGCUCUACUCGGGGAGCUUCAUCAUGGGCAUGUUCUACUACGACGAAGGCGUGCCGCCCACCAAGCGCAGCUGGUCCUCCAACUACUCUGGGCUCGCCAUGCUGCUGGCCAUCGUGCUUUCGUUCCCCAUCUGCGGCCUCCUGAUGACCGCCACCCUGGCCAUUAUGCUGGUAGCCCUGACGCUCACCAACUACGUGUGCAGGCCCUUCGAAAACAUUGUCUACGGAUCGCUAGACAUCGUCCAGGUAUCCCUGCUCGACGACACCAUGAGCGUGAUUUGGCCACGGGAGAUGCGUGGCAAAUGGUUCGGACAGUUCCUGGCGGGCACAACGCUGACGAUCUGCAACGGCGGCCGGCUGUUCGACAUCCUCAAGGGUGACUAUAUGGAUGCUGUGUAUUACAUUAUCCAAUCCACCGACGUGCCUGCAAACAAGCCGGCGACGUAUUUCGAUUCCAUGAAACGUGACAUCUGGAAUCAGGUGGACAAGAUGAACGAAUACUUCAUAAACGACAUGCUGACUGAGCUACAGGCGAUGCAUGACAGGCACUUUCACAUCGUUAACCCGCCCUGCUUUGCAGCUUACAAGGGCUACGAGCGCUCCUUGGCAUUCCUUUGCAAAGGAAUCAUACGCAACGCAAAUGCCUUCUGGUCUUCCCUCAAAUUCUGCCUGUGGCUCUUUCUGGCGCUGGGUGUGGUGUCGCACCUACUUUCCAAGUACUUUCUGCGCAUGGUGAAUUACACCUACGAUGGCUCCGAAGUGGAGUCGUUCACCGCGUCCUCAUCGGCAAGUGAAACCAAGCAUCCGACAGCGGCGGAAGCGGAAGCGCCAGCUGCGGGCCCGGCCAUAGCGGGAACGGAUGCGAACGCCCGUGAGAUGCCCGAAGAAAGGCAAGCACAGAACCAUUCAGUUUUUGUCCGUGUGUCUCUAAUUCUGUUCACAUGA